AUGGCCUCCGCAACCCGCACAUUCACUCGCGCUCUGCGCACCUCAGCUCGGCCGGCCUUCAGCGCUGCCCCACGCGUCGCCUUCCGCCAGGGCGGUCGCCGCUUCUACUCUUCCGAGGCGCCCUCGAAGACUUCCUCCUCCGUCGGGAUCUGGGCCGCCGCGGGCGGUGCCCUCGUCGCAGGCGGCGCCUAUUGGUUCUACCAGAACGGUUCAAGCUCGGCGACGCCCAAGGUCUUCACCCCCAAGUUCGAGGACUACCAGGCCGUGUACAACGAAAUCGCUAGCCGGUUGGAGGAGAACGAUUCGUGGGAUGACGGCAGUUACGGACCCGUCUUGUUGCGCUUGGCGUGGCACGCUAGCGGCACGUAUGACAAGGAAACGGGCACCGGUGGCAGCAACGGUGCCACCAUGCGCUUCGCCCCCGAAAGCGACCACGGCGCCAAUGCUGGUCUGAAGGCUGCCCGUGAUUUCCUGGAACCUGUGAAGGCCAAGUUCCCUUGGAUUACCUACUCGGAUCUCUGGAUCCUCGGCGGUGUAUGCGCCAUCCAGGAGAUGCUGGGUCCUCAGAUCCCCUACCGACCCGGCCGCCAGGACAAGGACGUCGCCGGCUGCACUCCUGAUGGCCGCCUUCCCGAUGGCUCUCGGGGCCACGACCACCUUCGCGACAUCUUCUACCGGAUGGGCUUCAACGACCAAGAGAUUGUCGCUCUUGCCGGCGCCCACGCGCUCGGCCGAUGCCACCCGGACCGGUCCGGCUUCUCUGGCCCCUGGACCUUCUCCCCCACCGUCCUGACCAACGACUACUACAAGCUGUUGCUGGAGGAAAAGUGGCAGUGGAAGAAGUGGAAUGGCCCGAAGCAGUAUGAGGAUAAGAAGACCAAGUCGCUCAUGAUGCUUCCGGCCGACAUGGCGCUCGUCCAAGACAAGAAGUUCAAGGAGUGGGUUCAGAAGUACGCUGCCGAUAACGAUCUUUUCUUCAAGGACUUCUCGGCUGUCAUUGUCAAGCUGUUCGAGCUUGGCGUUCCGUUCCCCGAGGGCACUGAGCGGUGGGUGUUCAAGACGCUCCAGUAA